UAUAUCAUGCAUUGGAAUAUUUCUUUUUUCAAAUGUUGUUAUUAAUAUAACAAUAAAUGAACUUUGUGUUAUUUUUUGUGAGUUUUUGGCUUGUAAUUGAAAAGAAAAUAUUUAGAAAAAUAUUUAAAUAUUGAGAGUAAAUUCUUAAAUCCAAUGUACAAGUGUAUCUCUGAAGGGAUUUAAGAAGGUAUGAUUUUGAAGGAUAAUUUGUUACAAUUUUCAAUUGCUCAGAAAGAGAGACGAAAAUAACGUUGUAAGUUUAUGUAAUCAUGUCGAUCUUUCUACCUGUGUUCAAAUUUAUCAUUUCCAAAUUUAUUGGAAUUAUGAGAAGUAUUAUGAAGUUAUUUAUUCCGUGGAAAUAUCAAAUGAAGGACAUUUCUGGCGAGAUUGCUCUCGUCACAGGUGCUGCCGGAGGUCUUGGAAGAGCAAUAGCCAUCGUUUUAGCUAAUCAUGGUGUCAUCGUUGUCAUUUGGGACAUCAAUCAGAACGGUAUCGAAGAAACGAUGGAAUUGAUAAAAGCAGCGGGUGGUACUUGUUACGGAUACGUUUGCGAUGUUCGUAAUCGCGAUGAUAUUUACAAAACGGCUGAAAUUGUUAGAGAAGAAGUUGGUCAGGUAACUAUUUUGAUUAAUAAUGCAGGUGUGAUAAAUAUUGGAAUUUUCUGGAAGACAUCGGAUGAUCUUCUUAGUCGUUUAAUGGAAGUAAAUAUUAUGAGUCAAUUUUGGAAUCUUUUCCAGACUGUCAAAGCAUUCCUUCCGGCAAUGAUAGAAAGCAACACAGGCCAUAUUGUGAAUAUAGCGAGUAUUGGAGGUCUCCUUGGAUGUCCCGCAAUUGUAGAUUAUUGUGCGUCUAAGUUUUCAGUUGUUGGUUUCAGUGAAGCAUUACAAUUGGAAUUAGACUUUCAUGGACAUGACGUUAGCAUUACAUCACUAUGUCCGACGUUCAUUCUCAAUACGGGCAUACCUGCAGCUAAAUUCUCUGGGCAUCUUCCAACUGUUAGUCCGCAAGAUGUUGCUGAAUGUACUGUUACUUCCAUUCGAUGUAAUAGGAAAAUUGUUUUGGUGCCAAAUUACAUGUACUUCCUACUAUUUUUGAAAUGGAUAGCGCCACAUCGUUUCUAUUCUAAAGUAUUGAGAUAUUUAAUGCCGAUGGAUCGAACUGAAUUUUAUCCAAUAGAAAAUCAAGAAAAAUAUAAGACACAUUUUUCAAACGCAAAUAAUGUCAUUGCGUCAUGAGCACUAGGCAUGUUCACUUAAUUUUUGCGAAAGAUAUCAUGUACUGAUAUUUAAAUAUUUCUAUAUGAAUAUAUGGAUUAUCAAACAAGAAUAAAGAAUAGAAUCAUCAAUCGCAAAAGUAUCAAAUAAUAAGAGUUGAUAAUUUCGGAAUAGAAUAUCGGAAACGAGUAUAAUUUGUUCUUUACAAUUUAUUUAUCUUAUAACUAAAGUCCCAAUAAUUUCAUUAUUACGUCAAUAUCUAUAUUUGAAUCUACAUUUGAAGCUUCCAUCUGCGUGUAAUUAUUUUAACUUAGGUCAAGGGCAGGACACAUGUAUGCACCAGCGAUAAAAUGAUCAAACCGGUAUUCAUUUAAAAAAACCGCUCCCGUCAUAAUCCCAAAUUAACAGGAGAACAUAAAUUCUUUUGAAUGAACCUCGUGAGGUAGAUGUGAGAUGUAGAUGUAGAUGUGAUAGUAGAUAUCACAGUAUAUUUGUAGUAGUAUGAUACAAUUGUCGUUGUGUUCAUGUAUUAUGAGCUGAAUUGGCUAUUUCUGAAUUAAUAAUGAGAUAAAACUCGGAUGUAUGUAUGUUGUGAUGCUGAAGUAUAUAAGUUAGACUGCUAUAUGUAACAAAUUAUACUCGUUUCCGAUAUUCUAUUCCGAAAUUAUGAACUCUUGUUAUUUGAUAAUUUUACGAUUGCUGAUUCUGUUCUUCAUUCAUAUUUCAUAAUCCAUAUUGAAAUAUUUAAAUAUCAGUAAUUUAGUUUGUGCUAGACACCUCCUUUUGAGGCAUAGCCAGUCAUAUUGAUAAGACACGACUGUUCUACUGGUGAGUGCAAAUGCUUGGUUGCUAUCGUCUGCGGAUUUUUAUGUGCAAUGGAACGUAUUAUUUGUUGUAUUGUUGAUAAUGAACAUGAGUGAUCUGAUUUAUAGUUUUCUUUGUAUCGGAAUAAAUGAUUAUAUAAUUUUUUAA